AGUUUUUUAAAUUAUAUUUUCGAAAGUACGAGUUAUCAGAAAUUGAUAUAAAACCCGUUGCAACGUCUGAAAAGUACGUUAAUACGAUGAAGGUAUUGACUUGUAGCACGUUACUUACUUUACUGUCAGCGUCACUGCUAGUUUCGGUGGACGGUUGCAAAAAAAAACUUAACGAUGGUAACGAGAUUCCAGACUUUGCUUUUGGUACAUUCAAACUGAAAACUCCUACACAAUCCAUUAGACGAGCGAUUGAAGCGGGCUAUCGACUUAUUGAUACAGCUGCCUUUUACGCAAAUGAAGAAGAAAUAGGAAAAGGUAUACGCGAUGUCAUUGAACGAGGGAUAGUUACACGCGCUGAAUUGUUUAUCAGUGGAAAAUUACUAAAUACUAAUCAUAGUAAGGAGCAAGUCAUACCAGCUCUUAAGUUGUCGUUAAAAAAGCUCGGAUUAGAAUACCUAGAUAUGUACUUGAUACAUUCGCCGAUGGCAACGACGAGUGAAGGUGAAAACAUUUGUCUGGACUAUGUCAAAACAUGGCGGGGAAUGGAAAACGCACAAAAGUUAGGAUUAGCCAGGUCAAUCGGUGUGUCCAAUUUCAAUAGCAAACAAAUAAACAGGAUACUAACGUUAUGUGACGUUCCGCCAGCUGUGAACGAAAUUGAGGUUAAUCCCACGUAUCCAAACCUUGCAUUGGUUGCAUACUGCAAAGUAAACAACAUUGCAGUGAUGGCGUAUUCGCCCUUUGGGUACAUGGUCCCUCGUCGAUAUGAUUUGGAAGAUUACAGUCCACCAAAAUUUAAUGACCCCUACUUUGUGAAGUUAGCACAUAAAUAUGGAAAGAAGACGUCGCAAAUCGCCAUGCGUUAUUUAAUCGACCGUAAUGUCAUACCCAUUCCACGAUCAGACAACCCGACCCAUAUACAAGAAAACAUCGACGUUUACGACUUUAAACUGACGACGAAAGAGGUUUCGACCAUAAAUACUUACGAUAUAAACACAAAAGUAUAUGAAUUAGGUUUUUUAAGAAAUAAUGUAUUUUACAGCUUUUAUCAGUCUUAGGAUCCCAUUUAAUUGUUGAUAUUUUUACCUGUUUCUCGAAUGAUUCUUUAAAUUCUACGGUAUCUUAUUUCUUAGUAUUUUUCUAUAAAAGAUAGAACGUGUCUUUGCAGUAUGUCGUGUCUUUAUUUUUAUGAGUUAUGGUCUAGAUGUGCUCUAGCACAUGGAAUAAUUUAAAUUUAGAACCAGCAACACUUACUCGUAAGUUGCAUAAUUUUAUAAGUUAAUUUGAAGCCAAUUUUGCUACUUGUUUAUUGAAAAACAGAAACAAUGUUGGUCUAGUAGUUUCAGAGCGUGACUUUAAUUACGUCUUAGGUUCGAACUUCGGCUGUGCACCACACAGUGUAUGACGGUGUUUUACGUUCUCGGAAGUGAUGUCAAAAGUGAAGGAAAACAUCGUGACGAACCCGCAUUGCCUUAGCUUCAAAAGUCGAAGGCUCUGUCACAAAAACCCGAUCACCUAAUUGGCUAUUAGAAAAUACAAAUGAUCGCGAAACAGAUGUAGAAAUAGUAGUCAUAAUAAGGUUGUAGGGCCACUGGUUUUUUUAUUGGAUAACAAAACACGUGACACAACUUGUUCGGUUCAAUGUAUUUGAUUAUAAAAUAUUCUUCUUUAAAAUAUUAAAAUUCUUCAGAUAGAUAAAGUGCAUAUAAAGUUUUUAGAAUAUGAAUUACUA